GAAAGGACCGAGAAAAUGCGUUUUGCACAGGCGAUAAUAAGCAAGGUGCUCCGAAUGUAUCGCCUCCAUCUGGUUUCCUGCAAAGUGAACGGACAGGUUAUUAAUUUAUUAUGGAUAACGGCAAUAAAAAAGGCGUGGCAAAAUUCAGUAGGCGGGACUAGAACACGUUGUUUUCCAACGGUACUUGCCAGUAUCAAGAUGAUGAAUAAUUUCCUCAUAAGGUGUGCAAGAAACAUUCCUAUAUGUUGGAGAGCAUGGAACAUAAAUUUACACAGUGGUCAGAGUGUUUUAAAUCACCAAGUAAAGAGUUUACUUUUCCCUCCGAAGAUAUUUCAGCAAACAGUAUGCAGAGGUCUCAAUAUUGACCAUAAACAACAAGAAAAUAAGAGGAUUAAUAGUAAAACAUUCAUCAACUUUGAAAAGAAAUUGAAAGAUACACAUUACUUUGAAAUGACCAAUUUUGAAUGGGAAAAUCUUACAAAAAACAUAAUAAAAGAAAAUCCUCAGGUUGAGAAUUACCUUGACUUUGUUUUGAUGAAGACCUUGAAGGACAAACCUGAUUUAAGCCUUUCAUUUUUUACAUAUAUAAAGUCUAAAAAAGAACCUGAUUUGUCCACUCUGACUCAAUUCUUUCAAAACUGUGCCCAAAAAUAUGAUGCUAAAACUUGGAUUGUAGCUGACAGGUCACCAAAGUUUUGUACUUGCCAUCCACUUCUCAAACUGUCUUUAAAGGAACAGGAUUUCUUAACAUUUUAUGAAGUAUGGACAAAAGUAAUACAGGAGGAUCACAAAUAUAAUUAUCGAGAUAUCACAAACUCCUUUUUUGUAUUUUGGGAAGAAGGUGUGAUUCCUACAGAUCUGUUUUUUGAGCUGUUGAAACUAGGAGGAUUACCUUUGGAUGAAUAUAAAGUACACAAAUUAAAGAUUUACUGCGAAAGUGAGUGGCCUUAUUGUAAAAGUGCACUGCUGACAAAAGUUGAUCCACAAAGCCAGAUAUGCAGAAGUUGUGAAGAGGUAAUUCCUGGGCUUGAGUCUGUAGAUGAGUCAGUCAUGAAGAAAAUGUUUGUGGAAACUAUGAGAAAGGCAUUGAUUGGUGACAACAUUUUUAAGAAGGCAACCCUAAAAGAGCUGAAAAUGUUCUCGGAAUUUAUGAAAAAGGAAGGACCUUUUGACUACAUAGUAGAUGGAUUAAAUUUAACACAUUUUGACAAUAGAAAUAAAUUUCCAAAACAAAAACUGAAAAUGUUACACAAAGAAGGGAAACGUGUUUUGGUGAUAACAAAAGGCUUUCCACGAGAAAUGAGAUCAUACACAGGACCUAUUUUCAGAGUUAGUGAUGGUCACAAGUCAAGUGAUGACAUUUACAUAAUGCUUGCAGCUUUCAUGUCGGGACCAGAAUGUUAUGUAGUGACAAAUGAUGACUUUGGGGAUCAUAUUUCGAUUAUGGAUCCAGACCUGAGGCCAUUCUUUGAAGCAUGGAGAAAUAAACAAAGGGUCUUUUUCAUUCCUCCUACAAAAUUUGUAUACCCAGAUACAUGCAUAUUUAGAGUAAGUGAGACAGAAAAAGGCUGGCAUGUACCAUUCAAAUUAAUGGAUAGGAAUACAGGGAGUCUAAAUUCAAAUACAUAUUUGGAUAUGAAGUCAAGAUGGUUCUUAUGUGUAGAGAAAACAUGCAACUAUAUGCCUUCAUCAGAGCUGGUGUUUUUUAGACAAGUGACAGAAGAUUGGAAGAAAAAGAAAGUGAAGUGAAAAAAAUACUAAGGUGGAGGAGACCACUUGGCCGUUGUUGAUGAAACCUUGCAGGGAAUUAGGACAAUCAUUGGCCUCUUACAGUCCUUUGAGGGAAAUUUUCUUAAAAAGUAAUAUUUUCUAAAACCACAAACUAGAAAAUACACAAGGUGUGUAGCAAUAAUGACUGCAUCAUUACCAAAUUUGUUCUAAUGUGGAAGCAACAUUGAUCCAUUAGCCACUUGUUUAGGUAAAAAAAAUGUAUCUCCCGGCCAAUAUCAUAAAAAUUAUCAUCAUCUAAAUGACUGGUCAGUUAGAUUGUAAUGAAACAUAGCAUGAAUGCAUAAUAUAUUAGUGAGGAAAUACAAGUAUUACUCCUCAACUGUCAUCAAAAUCAACUUUUGUGUUAUGGAUAUCAUUAUUUUUAUACAAUACUGAAACUUGUGUUUAUACUAAAUGGUUUUAUACCUACAUUUUUCAAAGUUUAGUAAGUAAGUAAGUAAGUAAAGUCUUUAUUUACUGAGGCUACACAUUUGGUUGCCCAAUCUUCCAUGUGGGCCACAAACAUAAAAUAUAUAUAAUUUACAUCAUGGUUAUAAAUUUUCAUUAGUUUAACAUUUAGGCUGUAAGCCAAUUUACCAUAUAUUUUCAUUGUAUGCACAGGAAUAUUGGCUAUUAGAAUAAAACAAUGUAAUGAUGUUAAAGGUAUACUUAUUGAUGAUGAAGAAUAUAAAAUUACACAAUUUGUAGAUGUUACAUCACCAUUGUUAGAUGGUUCUAAAAAUCAUUAGAUAAUUGAUUAUAAUUCUCUAAAAUUAUUGAAUAUAUUUUCAGAGAUUUCUUGACUAAAAGUAAAUUUUGAUAAAAACAAAGUCAUUUGGUUAUGUUCCCUUAAAUACAGUUCUAGAUCAAUUAAGACAAGAUGAAAACUUACAUGGGCUGAUACACAGUUGUAGAUUUAGACAAAAUUAUUGUUUUAAACUUUAAAGCAAAAUUUCAAAAGGUAAAAAAAUGAUCAUUGGGGAAAAAAUGUUAACACCAAUAGAUAUAGUCACUGAUAUUAAGUCUGUAUUAUUUCCUUUAUUUACACAUUGUUUGCCAACUCCUUGUGCAGCAUUUUUAAAGAUAAUCAUUUAUUUUAUGACUUCAUGUGGGGAGGCAAGGCAAAAGUAAAGCAAUCAGUUAUGACAAAGGCAUACAAGGAAUAUGUAUGAUAUUUAUUGUUAUAUACACUGUUUAAAGAUAAAAUGUGAAUAAAAGUGACAGAAAAUG